UGUUUCCGGAGAGGAUCAGAUGCUUUGCAAAGCAGUGAAGUGAAUCUCCCACUAAAACCCUUUACUUGUUACAAUAAUACGACACAAAGGCAGUUGCUUUCUAAAGAACAUCUUCUCCCAAAUUCCACCGGCCAAAGAGGAAAUGGUUUGUAGCACAGUCCUCUCAGGGCAGAGAUUUUCCCUUCACUUUUUGCUGCUUCUUCUCUCAGGAAAGUCAUGUUGGACACUGAAGAUGCAGUGGGUGCGUACUUCUGUGCUGGUGUCACCGGGGGACAAUGCAAAGCUGCUGUGUAACUAUGAUAAAGAGACAUUUGAGGCUAUAGAUGUCACCUGGAUUCAGAUCAAGUGGUGUCAGAACAUAUCAGGCACAGUCAAUAUAACAGAGAGUGAGGCAAGCAUGGAGGGGAGGAUUCGAUUCAGCCAGAAGGACUUAGAAAUCAAAAAUACGCAGAGGAACGACAGUGCACUAUAUCAAUGCAGAGUAACAUUGGGGGAUAAGACCUACAAGUCUUGUGGGACAUAUCUGAGGGUACAAGAGGCAGAGACCUACACUUUCUUUAACAUUGGGGAAAUCGCUAAGAACAGAGUCAUUACAGUGGAAGGAGUCCUGCUUCUCUUGUGUACAAUCUUUCCAGGGAUGUUGCUUCUGUAUAAGAAGCGCUGGGAAAACCUAAGGUUAUUAACGUUGUCACAGACUGGAGAUGACCUUUAUGAGGAUCUGAAUCUUGACGAGUGCUCCACAUAUGAGGACAUCACUCGUGGUCUGCAGGCCACAUAUGAAGAUGUUGGCUCCUUCAGAGGCAUGGAUAUUCAACUGGAGAAGCCUUAACUGGGCUCCAAUUUCAGGCCAGCUUUAGAAGUUUGAGCCCCUCUCACCACUGCCCUUAGUAAUUAGUCGGUGAUUCUUAGUGGUGCAACUCUUUGUUCUGCAAAAAAAAAAUUCUUACAUUGUAAAAGAGAUGUAAAGGUACCUUCACUCAUAUGCCCAGAAUGUAGAGUUAACAGGCCUCUCACUCUUGGUUAGCGUGGGUAUGUUUACACUGUUGCUGAGUGCUUUUGCAGGGGCAUAAUUAUGCUGUUAAGUCACAUGCAAAUUGGUAGAAGUCAAAGGAAAAUUUGAUUAGGCUCCAGUUCUUCUCUUCAAGAGGGUCCCAUGUGCAGCUUUUGCCCCCACGCUGUCAGCUUUUCCCUAUCAAAGGUGUUCUCUGGUUUUCCAUAUAGCACCCAGUCACGGCUGGAAGUUAGACAGACUAAGAAAUUCUAAAUUCUAUCAGCUUGGCGGAUAUGCCUAUUUCUAAUGUUCCUUCCUGAAUCUUGAUUUUUAAAGGAAGUUAUUUUUUAAUGAAAAAAAAAAAAUUAUAUAUUUUUUCCUAUUAAUAUUUCUGGCUUAAUAAAUGCUUUUGAUAACUGA